UCAGAGUCGCAGUCAGUCGGUGUUGCCACCGGGAAUGGGCGGCUUUAAACGCUCGCUAUUUUCAGGACUGGGAACUCUAGCUGAGCUGGUCAGAGCAGAUUUUCUUGCUGUGACUUUACUCUCGUAAGGUAACCCAAAACCUUACUUCAUUCAAAUUUCAAGCGAGUUUUUCCCUCCUCCGAGUGUCGGUGUUCUCGGACCGCGGGAGAUGGUCAACGCACAGCAGUUGGUGGCUCUCCGCCACGGGGCUACAUGCUAGAAAGAAGCCGCCGGAGCACCGCGUCGGUUUCUGUCUGAAUACGUUGCCACUCUGUCGUCCGGGCCCGGUUUAGAAAUGUUCUAAAAAAAAAAAAAGUGUCGCCUUUAUUUUAUUUGUUUUUCAUGGUGUGAAAACGCUCUGUUAAAUGUGCGUCGACAAAGGCUAUGGAGUGAAAUCUGCGGCGGGCGCGAAGAACACAACGACCUGCUGUGGUUUCCCUGAGCUGUGCGUAAACAAAUAGAUGAUAGAGGAUACGAUGACCCUGCUUUCUCUUUUGGGUAGGAUCAUGCGUUAUUUUCUGCUCAGACCGGAGACCUUGUUCCUGCUGUGCAUCAGCCUGGCUCUCUGGAGUUACUUCUUCCACACGGACGAGGUGAAGACCAUCGUCAAGUCCAGCCGGGAUGCGGUCAAGAUGGUCAAGGGGAAAGUGGCGGAGAUGAUACAGAACGAGCGCUUCGGCGGGCUGGACGUCCUGGACGCGGAGUUCUCCAAGACCUGGGAGUUCAAGAGCAACAAUGUGGCCGUGUACUCCAUCCAAGGCCGGCGGGAUCACAUGGAGGACAGGUUCCAGGUGCUCACCGACGUCGUGAACAAGAGCCACCCGUCCAUUUUUGGGGUUUUUGACGGCCACGGAGGAGAGGCUGCUGCUGAGUUUGCCAAGACCCACCUGGCGGAGGCUCUGCGCCAGCAGCUACUGACCUAUGAACGAGAGAGAGACCGAGACCGAGAAAAAGACAAGGACGAAAAAAAGGAGAAAGGAGGCUCCUCCUAUCCGUCCAUCUUGGAGCAGCAAAUACUGACGUUGGACAGAGAAAUGCUGGACAAACUCUCUGCCAACUACAACGAAGCAGGCACUACAUGUCUGGUGGCUCUGCUGUCUGAUAAGGAGUUGAUAGUGGCCAAUGUCGGAGACUCCCGGGGGGUUCUGUGCGAUAAAGACGGCAAUGCCAUUCCUCUGUCACAUGACCACAAACCUUACCAGCUCAAGGAACGCAAGAGGAUCAAGAAGGCCGGCGGUUUCAUCAGCUUCAACGGUUCGUGGCGCGUCCAGGGUAUCCUCGCCAUGUCCCGCUCUCUGGGUGACUACCCGCUGAAAAACCUCAACGUGAUCGUCUCCGACCCCGACAUCGUGUCCUUUGACCUCAACAAGCUGCAGCCGGAGUUCAUGAUCUUGGCCUCGGACGGCCUGUGGGACACCUUCAGCAACGAGGAGGCGGUCCGCUUCAUCAGGGAGCGACUGGACGAGCCGCACUUCGGAGCCAAGAGCAUCGUCCUCCAGUCCUUCUACCGCGGCUGCCCCGACAACAUCACCGUCAUGGUGGUCAAGUUUAAAGGCAAGACGGGUGAAAAAAAGUAAGGAUUUGAGCGAAGGGCAUCAGUUGGAAGGCAACUGAGUGAGAACUAUUCGCCACAGAUAUUUACAGCACUUUGCUCUUCAAACCUCACAUCAGCAUCCCCCAUCGUCUUUGCUUUUUUUAAAUCACAGACUGGUUGAUGCCGAUAGGCAUUACCUAUCGGACGCUAAUGUGAGCAGGGUUGCCGUUUCGUGAAUAAAUAGAUUACGUUUCGUACAGCUGGGAAUUUUGAGAUUGAGUUGUUCUUUUAAAAGAUAAUUUUAAGAAGAAAUUCCAGCAGAUUUCUCUUUAUGUUAAACAAAAACAUAAAAGUCUCUUUUGUCUUGCUGCUUAAGACCGAUUUCAUAGAGUGACGAUGGCAGCAUGUUGGAGUAGCUAUUUCAGAUUUCGCUCUUUUUGUUACGUCUGUUUGUGAUGGUUUUGGUUGAGGCAUCACAUGUUUGGACAAUUAUUCUUUUUGAUUUUGGAUGCUGUGCAGCUGGAAGGAUUUCUGCUUCAUUUUACUUUUGAACAGUUUUGAUGCGUAACUGUGACAACGAGGUGUUGUUUUAACAACUGGAAGCAGCUGAUUAGCAUCUUAGAGUUUCAAUUCCCUGAGGAGUUGAAAAAGGAAACUUCAGGCAGAGAGAGAUCUUAGUAGGCAAAGAUCAUAUCCCCUAUUCCAACAGCUUUCUAAUCAUACGGUAGUGCUUGCUAGCAGCUAAUUGCGUCAUCCAGGACAUGUUACUGUUUAAUAUAAUUUCUCCUUCCCGGAAAUUGAGUUGUUCGUUAUCAUAACUCUCAUACAGCAACGGCCUUCAGCCAGAGGCCUCGUCAGAUUUGUUGGAAGACUGACUGCUACAGGAGAUCCUUCCUGCCCACAGCAUCACGUUCCACAACAGCUCUUUGGAGAUACUUGCAUAGGGCUGCACAAUUUAUAGCAAAUUUAUCACCAUCGCAAUAUGAAUGUGUGCAAUAUUCAUAUUGCAAAGGACUGUUUGGAACGCAGUAAUUGUUGACUGAUACAUUAUUCAGUGUUAUAAAUGUUCACAUAGGAGGCUAAUGAUGUUACCCGAAUGCUAGCGCUCACAGAGUGAUGGAAGCUCAGAUGAGAAGGACAGGAGAGAAGAAAUUAGGUAUAUAUGGCAACUGAUACCGUCAUCACAAUAUUUACCAACAUUCUCACUAGUGCACAAUAUUCUAAUAUAGUGCAAAUCUAACAAAAAGAUGAACUCCCAAAUACAGACAAAUAUACUUGUAAUAUUCACAUAGAGGUAAGAUCAGUGCAAAUUAAUUGUCAACAAGCUGGCAAAAGUGCAGUGUAGCUUGAGGUCUUAUUCAAGUCAUCUGUUGAAAUCUCUUGUAUUUUUUCAUAUGGUUAAAUAUAUCAGAGAGUUGGGGAAAAAAAUGCAAUGUAAGAUUAUUUCCAUACUUGAAUGAUAUGAGUUACACCAUUUAAUCUCCCUUUAGGGAAGAUAAAGUGUUUUUGAAUGGAAUUGAUAAAAAAAAUAUAUUGCUGUCAUUUUUCCUUUUCUUAAUAUAUUUUAUAUGUUUGAUCUAUUUUUUUCUGAUUGAUCCAGCUUGACAUUUCGCUUGUCCAAUACACAUCACAUUCAUUAUUUCACAAAGUAUUAAAUAUUCUCGUCAUGAACGACACAAAUGCUAAUUUUGCCUAUGUGACCCCUGAACCUGUACAGUAACAGAACUGACUGCUUUUAUAUCACAUUUAGUGUAUGUGACUCUUUGGGUUGAGUUUCCCUGUUUUUUUAAUGUAUUCUGUUUUUUCUUAGUGCCAGGUUUCUGAUGGAUUUUCUUGUUCGCAUCUUUUAACUCUGAUAUUGAUCAGCUCUGCUGCUUCAGCACAGCUCAGAUCUGUGUGAGUAAUAAAAACGUGGAGCAUCAUAACCACAGCGUGUCUGAGAGGAACGAAAGGUCUCUGAGUCAGUCGUCCUUCGUACACAGUGAAUUAGUAACGUAGUACUUCUCAUUACUGCUGACUGCUAAUUAUUUGUCCAUAAAGAUUUCCCUUGUUUUUUGACUUACAAGUACUUUAAUAAAGCCAGACAUAUGUAAAUUUGAUUAUUAUGAAUACAUCUGACAAGAUAACUUCAUUAAUGUGGAAAUGAGAUGGACAUGCUAGUUAAUUUUCGCAUAUUUUUGUUACAUCUACAGUAAAAUAGCGAUUAUGCUGUGACAGGUUAUUGCUAUGUGAUGUUUUGGGAUUACAAUUUCACCUAAAACAAACAUUGAAAUUUUAAGCAAGUUAAAAUUAAUUUUUGGAUAAUAAGAUGUGUCGCUGUUGCCUUAUUAUUAUUAUGUUCUGCUGCCAAAAGCGCUUGUUUUGUUGUUUCAUGGAUUUUAAGCAGGCGAUCGCGUCGCACACGAGGCUCGACUUUGUUGUCAUAUCUUGUAAAUCCAAACGUUGGAGCAUUGAACGUCUCUGGGAGACGCAAAGUUGAAUGUACAUACUGUCAAUGUGUUAAUAUCACUCAAACACGCUGUUUACUACACAGAUUAAAAUAAAACAUAUGAAACUUCCCGUGUUUUCCUUAAUAAUAAUGAUAAUAAUGUAUCUAACAGAAUGUCUGUGGCAUUUGUACUUGUUUUUCUUGAUUUUAAUUAACUGUAAAAAUAAAAACACACACAAUGUUAAUUUACGCUGUAAAUCAUAAUGGUGAAAUUAAAGCAAUGAUUGUCAUUUCAUCUAGUUUUUUUUAAAAUACGAAGAUCAUUUGUAGUUCAAAUUACAAACAUGAUUAGUCCUAGGAAAGUGUUGUGAAUAACUACCCCGAAAAACUAUAAAAUGUAAUGUACAUUAUAUCCUGGAAAAAAGAAUGGAAGCUCCAAUAAAUUAACGAAAAUAUAAAUAUGA